CCCAAAAUGGCGACGGUAAGGGAUUUGUCAGUGCACUGAAUGUUUUGACUGGUGCAACUUCUCGCGAUUGAGCGACCAGAACUUGAUAAUCAUUUAUGUCCAUUGCAGGUGAAUCACAUUGUCUCCGCUAUCUGGAUAUUGAUGUAGCGGUGGAUUGGAGAUUUUUAUGUCCUUUUCAGCCUCGAAAUAACGACAAUAUUUGUAGACAGCCGAGCAGACAGUGGUUACUGACUGGGUCACACCUAGAUUUGACCAACCAGCGAAAUCUACUCGUGUAAGCUUUCCCUGUUUGAGUUGGACUGUGAGACAUGGUAUCAAAGUUCAUAAGUGUUUGAUACGUAAAAACAAAGAAAAUCCGCCGGUCAUUGUGGUACAUGAAGCGAAUUUGACCCAAAAACAUUUUCCGGAAGCUGAGUUUCGUGACACAGAGACAAGGCAAACUGAUGAGAAACUGUCAUUUCGUCCGAGGAGUGUCUGGCGUGGGCUUUAGAUUCUCUACACAAUCAGUGUGAGAGAUAAUUAAAGAAAUAUCAUAUCUUACUCCAGUUAGUGUGAUUGUGAGAAGUGUUAAUAUCAUUCACAAGUCCUCACUUUGAGGGAAGGCUACACCAUGAAGGAAUACAAAGUAGUGGUGUUAGGGAGUGGAGGUGUGGGGAAAAGUGCUCUCACAGUCAAGUUUGUGUCGGGUAAUUUUAUGGAGAAGUAUGACCCCACGAUUGAGGAUUUCUAUCGGAAAGAGAUAGAAGUCGAUUCAGCGCCAUCUGUUUUAGAAAUAUUAGACACAGCCGGCACGGAGCAGUUUGCGUCCAUGCGUGAUUUGUAUAUAAAGAAUGGACAAGGAUUUGUGAUUGUCUACAGCAUUACCAGUCUUCAGACUUUCCAGGAUAUUAAGACAAUGAGAGAGCAGAUUCAGAGAGUGAAAGGGGUGGACAAAAUACCCAUGAUAUUAGUCGGGAACAAAGCUGACUUGGAACAUCAACGUGAGGUCCCUUCUACUGAGGGGUCGACGCUGGCACAGUACUGGGGCUGUCCGUUUCUAGAAACGUCAGCUAAAAGUACGCAAAAUGUCAAUGAAGUUUUUAUUGAAAUUGUUCGAGAGAUGAAUACAAGCCCAGUAAAGGAAAAGCAAGGCUGCUGUAGUAUACUUUGAGGCACGAUUAUGGACGUGACAAUCUACUCCAAAGUCACAUGAUCAAGACAUGUGAUUACCUCAACAGUGUGCGAGAGCCCGCCUAAAGAUGGCCAACACAGAGCUGAAGUCAAUGUUUUGGAGCAAGAAAAUUCACCGACGAGUGUAUUUUGUGUUGUUGCAAGUGUGAACAUAUUUAACUGACCUGUUUUGUGGCAAUAUUGACAGUGAUUAAUUCCCAUGAUGAAUAAGCCAGAUGUCAUGUGAUGCUGUGGAUACGAUGAUCGUUGCCCCAGGUUACGGCCACUGUUACCAUGGAAACAAGAACCGAACCUGGAUGGACCCAACUAACGCACCAUGGAACCUACCCUUUGUUAUUCUCCAGGAGGAUUAACAAAUUUCCAUUCAUUAAAAUUCCAAUGAUA